AUGUCUCCCCCGAUCGCCACCUCGCCCACGCUUCAGCGUGCUGCUCCCGUCACCAAGGACCUGCCCAUCAAGCAGCAGGACGGCAUGGCCGUCAAGGGCAACAUGUCCAAGACGGUCGACGAGAUGGCCGGGCAGUGGGACAACUUCAAGUUCGCGCCCAUCCGCGAGAGCCAGGUGUCGCGCGCCAUGACGCGCCGCUACUUCAAGGACCUCGACACGUACGCCGAGUCGGACGUCGUCAUCAUCGGCGCCGGUUCCUGCGGCCUGAGCACCGCCUACAUGCUCGCCAAGGCGCGUCCCGACCUGAAGAUCGCCAUCGUCGAGGCUGGCGUCGCUCCUGGCGGCGGUGCCUGGCUCGGCGGCCAGCUCUUCUCAGCCAUGGUCAUGCGCCGGCCCGCCGACGCCUUCCUGCGCGAGCUGGGCGUCCCCUACGAAGACGAGGGCGACGACUACGUCGUCGUCAAGCACGCGGCGCUCUUCACCUCCACCGUCCUGUCCAAGGUCCUGCAGUUCCCCAACGUCAAGCUCUUCAACGCGACGACGGUCGAGGACCUGAUCACGCGUCCCCUCCCCAACGGUGCCUCGGGCGUGCGCAUCGCCGGCGUCGUCACCAACUGGACGCUCGUCAGCAUGCACCACGACGACCAGAGCUGCAUGGACCCCAACACCAUCAACGCCCCCAUCGUCGUCAGCACGACCGGCCACGAUGGCCCCUUUGGCGCCUUCUCCGUCAAGCGCCUCGUCAGCAUGCAGCAGCUCGACAAGCUCGGCGGCAUGCGCGGCCUCGACAUGAGCUCCGCCGAGGACGCUAUCGUUAAGCGCACCCGCGAGGUCGUGCCGGGACUGGUUGUUGGCGGCAUGGAGCUGUCCGAGGUCGAUGGCGCGAACCGUAUGGGCCCGACUUUCGGCGCUAUGGCCCUGAGCGGUGUUAAGGCGGCUGAGGAGGUGCUUAAGGUCUUUGAGGAGAGGAAGGCUGAGAAUGAUAAGUACUGA